UACUUCCGUAUUUGUGUGACGUCAGUGUAGACAUGCGCAGUUUUCACCCGGACUAGCUUUGUUAUUUUGCUACAAGCUAUUGCUAACUCGCCAGUAUAGUAUUAUUUACUUCCUUUACCAGAGGCAGCGAUGGACACCGGGGCGUUAUUGGAAGCAUUUCAAGAUUUUGAGAAGAAAGAAAAAAGGGAUAUCAACCCAUUAUUGGAACAAUUUUUGUGUCAUGUGGCCAAGACAGGAGAAGCAAUGAUUCCAUGGUCACAAUUUAAAUCCUACUUCAUGUUUAAGAUGGAGAAAGUCAUUGAUGAUUUUCAUUCCUCGACACCUGAGCAGAGAAGCCCGCACAAUCCUAAUGUAGAGCAGGUUUCUUUCGAGGAGAUGAAGAAGAGGAUAUUAAAAAUAGUUGACAGCUUGAAUGGAAUCCCAUUCACCAUUCAGCGUCUGUGUGAGCUGCUCACUGACCCCAAGCGAAACUAUACAGGAACAGAUAAGUUUCUCAGGGGUAUAGAAAAGAAUGUAAUGGUGGUCAGCUGUGUCUACCCUCCAUCUGAGAAAAAUGGGACAUCCAGUUCUAAUCGAAUGAAUGGGGUGAUGUUUCCUGGUACUGCUUCUGUACACUCAGACAGCAGAAAUGUGAAUGGACCAAGCAUGCCAAAACAGCUCAACAGGCCAAAGAUUUCUUUGUCUCCAUCGACGCUUUCUACCAAUGGUCUCCCUGAGUGUGCAGUCAGCAAGGAGCCAGAGCCCACUCCAGAGCAAGAGCCGGCGCGCUGUGUCAGCGCCGACCCUUCACUAUUAGGGGGUGAUGUCACUCACAGUCGGACAAAGAAUCGACACACUGAUGAAGAAGAGCUAGAGGACGAUUCUGACGCUGAAAAGCACAAGAGCAAGAGGCUAAAGGUCAACGAAAAGCAAGAGGAUAACGACACAACCACUGAAAACAAGGAAUCCUCAUGUAAAGGCACACAGAAAUCAGCGGCGAGUGAAUCAUCAGAAAGCUCAUGCAAUCAAGAAUACAAAAGUGAAACAUCUUGUCGCACAAAGUCCAUUAUAGAUGAUCCAGGGCCAAUUAGUGCACCAACAGAAGCGUGUGGAAAGGAGGCGGAUGAGAAGGAGAACUCCUACUGUGACAGCACUGUUCAUCAAUUGCAGCGACAGCUGAAGGAGAAUACGCUCUCUGAGCGUAACACUGGUGAAAGCAGCAGUAGCAGCGAUGGAGACCGCCUGCCCAGCGUCAAACUGGCCCUCUCAUCUGUCAAUUCACCAAACUUGUCAACAGGGGGCGAUGCAGACAAUUCAAACUGCACAAAGACUAAACUCGAGCCUGGGGAAAGUGACUAAGAAUCCUGCUGACAUAACUGACUCUUGACUCUGUAUACCUCCAAGGGUAUACUGUAUCACUGUGGAGCGACAAGCUGCAGGAUAAGGAGUAAUUUUGACUUGGAUGUUCCUCACAUGAGGAACUUUUGUCCACGUUCAAUAGGAGCUGGUUGGUCAAAUAUCAGCUAGUCGCCAAACUGGAUUAAGGAAUUUUUUCACUGACAGUAUUUUGUUAUGUUUUUUUUCUAUGGCCCCGACCAUCAAGUUCAUAUCGAACCCCUCAUCAUGUGAGCUAUGUUUAAUAACAUUGGCAUGUAUUUCCAAAUGAUAAUUUGCUGAAGUUUUAUCCUAAUUAUAGUCAGAUGCACAUCUGGCUGCUCCUUAAUGAACUUUUUAAAAAAUUAUUAAUUACCACUGCACUUAUUAGCACCGGUUCCGUGAAGGACAGUUCAAUUGACUGCAGUAAAAUCCUUUCAGCAUAACUUUCCUUCAGUCCUUCCUUUUAAUGGCUUAGUUAUGCCAUGCCUUGUUUUUGAUAACCCUGAUUUUUACAGGACUGCACUGGCCUGUAUGUGUGUUCAUGUCACAAAGUAAAAUAUCUGAAAAAUGACAUUUUAUUGUAUUCAUGGAAAGCAAUACGUCAUGUUCUAAAGUCAUUCAAAUUUGCAACAACAUAACAUUUGUGUAAUGUAUCGAAAGUAUUGAACACAAGGAGAACAAAACCCUGACAGAAAAAUAAAAAUUAUUAUAUUGAUAGGCUU